AACAGCAGCAGCAAGAACAGCAGCAGCAGCAGCAAGAACAGCAGCGGCAGCAGCAGCAGCAGGCUGUCCUGAAUAAAUACCAAGAGACGCUGGCAAAGAUGAAAGGUCUGGAGGAGACAGUGAGGCGGCAAGAGAGGGUGAUUGAAAAGAUGGAGAGGGUCCUAGAGGAGAAAGUCCAGGAGCUUGUCAGAGCCAGAGCAAAGCUGGCCCCCGACUCAGGUCCCGUGGGGGAGAGCUCGCCCAAGGAUUGCUAUUCCUCCCUGCAGGCCGGGCACUCCCGGCCCCUGAGGGAGCUGGAUGGGCCGCGGCACGGAUCGUCCCCCACCAUCUCCCAGCAGCCCGCCCUGCCGGACCUCGUCUCCAAGAACUCAGAGAAGCUUUCUCUCUUGGCCCAACUGGAGAAGGCCCAGAGCCGGAUCCAAGCCCUGGAGAGCCAGCUGGAGGACUCUGCCCGGCGCUGGGGGCGGGAGAAGCAGGACACAGCCACCCGACUGCUGGAACAAGCCCAUGGCUUCAGCCCCUGAUCCUCAUCUCCACACGUUCACUGGAUGGCGGCUCUGCCCUCUGGUCUCCCAAAAGUUAGGAGCCUAAAGGGCCUGAGCCCUUCAGGGGCUCCUCCUCCUCCUACGAGGGGGAGCAGGAGCAUUCAGAGCCCUGGGAUGGGAGGUGGGGCGGGGCACUGAACCAGAUAUCAGGAGAACCUGCUUAGAAUCUGGGCCCUGCCAUUGCCCCUGCUCUGUGUCCUUGGCCCUUCAAGGGCUUCUAGUUCCCCAUCCCCAUAUGGGGAUGAAAAUCCUUGCCCUUCCCUACAUUUCCCUAUCUCCCAGGGGUGCAAUGAGCCAACAGAGAUCUGCUGAUUUUGAAAGCCCUGUUUUUAAGGCAUCGGUGAUAGUAAUCCUGGCAUUAAGUACUUGGAAAAGCCCAGAGGAAGCAGGGUUAUGGCACUGGUCAUUGAACCCGUGUGAAUGUCUCUGUCCUCAUUGCCGCUCUCAUCACCGGGCAGAACCCAGGUCUGCCCAGCUCUGCCUGGCUCUUCCCUCUUCCCAGAUUCCCACCAAGCCACUUCCUAGGGGAGGAACCAUGGCAGUGGUAUCUACUGAGCCCUGGGUGUGGAUGACUGACUGGCUGACUGACUGUCUGACUGGCUGGCUGGCUGACACCGACGCUGGCUCACCCCCAUCUAGCCAUGGAAAGAGGACUCCCCCACCCCACCCCACCUUGAACCGGGAGGCACUGGGUAAACGAGAAGCACUCGGAGGUGGAAGACCAAGAGAAGGAGGAACUUUGGCAAUAUGUUUCCUCCCUUCCUCCAU